AAAUACCAAACAAGGAAGUGGGGAUUUCACAAUUCAUCCAAACCACAUUUAUUUGUUUUGGUUAUUGCAGAUCUUGUCUGUAUUUUGUGAAGAUGUCUUGCUGUGGUGGAAAUUGUGGGUGUGGUGCCAACUGCAGCUGUGGCAAUGGCUGUGGAGGGUGCAAGGCCUUCCCAGAGAAGGUUGUGGAGGCCCCUCUGUUUGCUGCCACUGCUUCUGAUAUAGAGUAUUAUGAAGAAAUGAGUGUGGCAGGAGAGAAUGGAUGCAAGUGUGCAGGUGGGUGUAAGUGUGGAGACAACUGCACCUGCAAUCCUUGUAACUGCAAAUGAUUUACCGAUAUUAAAUCAUUAAUAACAUUAUUAUCACUUUCUAUUUAAGUGUGUUUUAUCAGCUUUGGUAUGUUAUACCAAGGUUUGAAUAUUAUAAUCUGUGAAAAGGUCAUGUAUUAUGCCACCACAUUGUUCAGAGCAUGUGGGAUUUCACAAAACAUGACUGCAUCCUACUCUUAUUAAUAUAUGAUUAAAUUUUAAUCCAGUGAAGUGAUAUAAAAUA